UUCAUGUUUGUAAACCUUUUAUCGUAUCUUCGCAAAUACCAACCUAACCUAGGAUUCUAGGUCAUUGGAACCGUCGUAUAAAGCUAUGGCGUCGAGGUGAUACAUGGCCUGCUUAUAGUCAUCCAUGGAGGCGAGGAGGUUGGCGAUUCUCUGUUCCCACCUUAGCCCCAUCGGUCCGGGUCCGGGUCCGAUCGGAAACCCGAUUCUGGGGGUUUCUGGUUGUGGGUCUGGUUCAGACGGUGACCGGAGGGUGAAAGCGUCGAAUCUAAAAAACGACUGUGUUUUCUGCAAGAUUAUCAGUGGGGAGUCUCCCUCUCUCAAGUUGUACGAGGAUGAUAUGUGCCUAUGUAUUCUUGAUACGAAUCCUCUAAGCCAUGGGCACUCUCUUAUCAUUCCCAAGUCUCAUUUUCCAACCUUGGAGUCAACUCCUCCUCCGGUGGUUGCUGCCAUGUGUUCCAAAGUGCCCCUUAUCAGCAAUGCCAUCGUGAAAGCCACUGGAAGCGAUUCAUUCAACUUGCUUGUUAAUAACGGUGCAGCGGCCGGGCAAGUCAUAUUUCACACUCACAUCCACAUAAUCCCGCGGAAGGAGCGCGACUGCUUAUGGGCUUCCGAGAGCUUGCGGAGACACAUUCUUAAACCAGACAAGGAAGCUUGCCAACUCGCAUUUCGUGUCCGAGAACAGUUAUCUACCUCUGAUGAACACCUUGGUCAGCAACAGCAACCGCAACAGCAACAGCAACAGCAAUCCAACCUUUCAUGAAAUGGGAAAAAUCUCUUUUUUUGUCCUAUUUUUUUUCCAUGACUCUUACAAAGCCAUUUUUGUAACUUUAAAUACAUAUAUGUAUAUAGUUCAUUAUCCAAUUUUAUUUUCCUUUUGAUCAUA